AUGGCCCUGACCACAUGGGAUUUGCCCUCUACAGUGACUAAGAAGAGAAGAAACGGAGGACGCAACAAGAACGGUCGCGGCCACGUCGUUGGAGUUCGUUGCUCCAACUGCUCGCGCAUGUGCCCCAAAGUAAGCUUCAUCCCCGUGCUGGACCGAUGAGCAAAAACCCACCCUAAUGAACCUUAUCUCCCCGUCUCUCUCAGGACAAGGCCGUGCGACGAUUCACCGUUCGCAACAUGAUCGAGUCGGCUGCCAUCCGUGAUCUUUCGGACGCCUCCGUCUACACCGGUCAGUUUCGCACCCUUCGUCGUCGACCCGUGCCUUCCUGGUCUGACCCCCGAGGCCAACUUGACUUCCUUGAACAGAAUACGUCCUCCCCAAGAUCUACCUCAAGAUCGUCUACUGCAUCUCGUGCGCCAUCCACUCGCACGUCGUGCGCGUGCGCUCCGUCGAGGGCCGCCGCAACCGCGCUCCCCCUCCCCGACUGCGCUUCAACAAGGACGGCAAGAAGAUCUCCCCCGCUGCCGUCGCCGCCGUCGCCGCUGCUGGACGUUCGUAA